AUGCCUGAGGUGCGUAGGGGCAGCCUUGCGCCAGUGUCCGACUCGGCUCUCUCGUCGACAGAUGUCCCUGAAGCUCCCGUGAUUUCUCGUCCCUCGCAGUCUCAUCAAUCUUCGACUGAUCGUGUGCGAUUCGACCUUCCUGAGGAAGCAACUUCACCAACCUCACCGCGAGAGCCCCUCGAUUCAGCGUUUGCAGAAUUACCUCGACGAACAUCUGAAGGUGCUCGACGGAACUCGGACGCUCCUAGAAGGAGUUCAGAUGCGCCUCGAAGAAGUUUGUCCUAUGCUCAACGACCCCAAGCAGACGCAUACUACGAUUCUCGAGCCGCUACUCAAAAAGAAUACCGACGACGAGCUACAACAUUAUUAGAGUACUACGACGAAAACCCCCAUCUACUACCGCAGCUCCCGUUUACAUGGCAUCAUGGCUGGAAGCGCUGGCGACUCUUCAUGUUCGCAUUCCUGGUCUUUGUCGACGCAUCCGCGGUUCCGAUAGCUCUAUACUACGGACUCAAAUACGCAGGGGACGUUGAAGGAUGGAUCAUCUUCGCGGUAGUUACUACAAUCUGGGGUGGUCCCACGUACUUGGAAUUCGCCAUCCGUACGCUCCGAUUGAUCAAGGUGGAUAGGUUCUACCGACCGCUAGGAACGAAUCACCGGUGGUGCUUUGAUAUGCUGACGUACUCUUCCACCCUUACUAUUUUUGUGGUUACUGCUUUGUUCAUCAUUGGCAGCGCACCUCAUAAUGUUUGGUUGAGAGUCCUAUGCAUGCCUGCUCCAGCCAUUCUUUACUGUUAUGGUGGUGUUCUGUUCCUUAUUACGCUUUACCACCAGAUGGACUGGCCAGCUCCUUUCCGCAUCAGCUCAACUGCAAAGGGAGAAAGGGUCUUGCCAGGUGCUUACUACUUCAUCGAGGAUGUUAUCGCGGUUAACGCCCUUGGUGGCCGGCCUUAUCGGGAAGCAUUGGCAGCUCGAUUCAAAGCUAGCCCACGUUUCCGAGAGAUGGUCUACAAACAAUCCUGGUUCUGGUCCAUCCCGGCGCUAGUACUCGCCGUCCCCCUUACCGUCAUAUCCGUUAUCCCACAAGUUCCGGCAACCGCCGCGUAUGGUGUUGCAUGGGCAGUUCCAUUCUUGUGGGCUGUUGUCUGGGGUAUUAUCACAAUCAAGUGGUGUAAGAGAGACAUGAAGCGGGAGAGAGAAGAAUGGGAACUUGGGGUUGAUCCUGAAAAGGAGAUUAAGAGAAAGGGAUCAUCUAUCGAGACGGCAUCAUAG